AUGUUCCUCCCCCGCCUCCUCACCCUCACCUCCCUCGUCCUCACCCUCGCCACAGCCUCCGACCUCGGCCGUCCCUGCGGUCUCAAAAUCGCCCGCUGCUCCGAGGACAUGACCUGCGUCCCCAACAAGCCCUCCUGCACCAACCCCAACACCUGCCUCGGGACCUGCCAAUUCACCAACACCUACCAGUCAUGCGGCGGGCACCGGAUCAAUCCGCCGAUCUGCAAGAAGGGGGAGGUGUGUAUUGAUGAUCCGCGUCAGCCUGAGAGUUGUGGGCAGGCGUGUGAUGGGCCGGGGAUUUGUCUGCCGGAGGUGGGGAUUGAGUGUGUUUCAGCAUCGACUACAAAGGGUCUUUUCGUUUCAAUGGCACAGCCUACCGCCAACUCAUCGACGCUAUCCUGGCCUUACUCUUCUCUCGGACAUUUAACGACAAAUACUGGCUCUAGUAAUUAUUCGCACGAGUCAACAGCCACGUGGGUAUAUCUACCAGGACAGAUCCCGAACCCCUGGCCCUACCUUUUGGCCUCCUGGUUCAUCUCCUUCAUCUUCACCGUUGCAGGGUUGAUAUCGUCGUCAUCAUCACCAAAAAAAGAUAAAAAGGUGCCCUGGACAAGCAAAUUUCGGAUUCCUGGUAUCAUUUACAACAUGUUUCGCUGCAUCGUCGCGGUUGUUAGGGUGGCCCGAAUCAAAAAGACCAAGCUAGUUCCGUCACAUGUUACAAAUACCGGGUGUGCUAUGUCGCUCAUAACAAACAUUUUCGCAUGGGAUGCUGAGUUCGAUUCGUGGUCAGUGGUUGCUGCCAUAGGGACGACGGCAUUCUGGUCCCUUAACAUAUCCCAAUUAAUACUGUCUUCUACCGCUGAAUAUGGUUUCGUUAUCAGCUCCGAAAAAUGCGACGCCCUAGAAUUUAUCGGGUGUUCUGAAUUGCCACAAGUACCUGUCUUGGAAGAUAUCAGCAUUAAUAUUACUGAAUUUGUGGGGGUCGCUAUUAUUACGACAGCAGCGAUCUUUGGUAUAUUCGGGAUGUGGUCCGCGAGCUUACGACGGCUGAAACUAAGGCCUUAUGCAUCCAGACUUAUUAAGAAGUACGCAAUAGUCGCCCUAAUUCUGCUACUUUGGAUGUACACUGGGACGUAUGUGGACUUGAAAUCUACUAGCUACGUUGAUUCGAUAGGGGUUAAACAAAUUGAUUCGAACACGACACAGAUGAGCGAGGUGCUCUGGUCAGACUGCUUUCCCGCCUUUGAACCAAGGAGAACCGACGGAUUUUUCAUGCCAUGGGCUACGGAUAUCUGGAAUGAAUCAAAAGCCAGUGCUAUACUCUUGUUUGCGGCGGUAUGA